AUGCUCGACGAGCCCGAGAAAAAGAAAAAAGGCCCUUUGCGUCUGUUAGUUUUUUUUCUUGUUUAUAUCUCAAUGGAUUCGAUGUUUGAGGGUUUCUCGGAAGUCGACGCGAAAAAUGCUCGGGAAGUGGAAAAAGCUGGACAACGGCGAAAAAUCCGACAACGAGUCGUUCAAUGGAAGCAUCGAAGAAGUUUGAAUUCAAAGAAAUUUUUAUUUUAGUAGUGAAAAUUGUCUUUCUUAUGAGAAUUAUAUUACAUGGAUAUGAAAGAAGGAAACCAUUAUAUUCGAAAAUAAUAAAGUAAAAAGUAACUUACCAGGAAAUGGUCUCAGCUCACAGUGGGACUUUUGAAUGAGACCAUAUAUUCUAGAUGUAAAUUUUGUCUCUGUUAUUGAAUCUGGUCUUAAAAGUUGCCCAAUACGCCUGUGAAAUAAGUUAGGGACUCUCAAGAGCCCGUAAUUUCAGUGUCUCUGAUUGAGCUUUUUUUCGAAGCGUAUGCCCCUCUGGUCACGAAAAACUAAUUAGUUUCCUCCAAAAAGUUUUGGAGCCCUGAUUUAGUCUUUCAAACCUCCACAUGAUAAGGGAAUGCGCGCGCGGUGUGGUACUGCGAUCUGGCGAUUUCAGAAGCUGCUUACCAGGGUCUUUGGGUGAUUAGGUGAAAAAAAAAGUUUCCGAUUUUUUCUAAAAUUUCGCCUAUGGUUAUCCCUUUUUCUUCUAUAUUAAGCUGAAAUCAAUUUUCUGAGCAAGAGAAGAUCGAAUCCAUCCAAUUUGCAGACAUUUUCGGCGACAUUAGAACGAAGAAAAGUGUUCGGUCUGCCCCUUCGAGAAGCCGUCGACGCGGAUCCUUCCCUCGACGGAGUCCGACUUCCAUCCUUCUUCCGAUACUCCAUCGACUUCAUCGAGGAACACGGUAGCAUCUGAAUCGCGGCGAGACCUCACAUAGUUGUUUAGGACUGUCGCUGGAGGGCAUUUAUCGCGUGUCGCCACCAAAAUCGCGACUCGACGAACUGGAAAGACGCGCCAACGCCGGGGAAUCACUGACUUUUGCUGACGCCCACGACGCCGCCGGUCUUAUAAAAAGGUGAUUCUUUGCGCUUUUUGUUGUUUCAAUUCAGACAUGAUCAUCUAGCUCGUUACAGCAGAUUGAAAAAAAAUAUCGGUAAAAAUGGAUUGAUGCGGUUUUAAUGAACUUGUGAGAAAUUUCUUUCUAGUGGAUGAUACUAGUUCAAAGUCCUUUUUAAAACCAAUAAAUCACAAUACUAAACUCUCAUCAUGGCGCCCCUACUGCAAUAAACUGUGCCAGAGAUGAAUCGGGUUCAUUGUUGUAAAUAAGUACAAAGAGCUCUUUUCAAGAUUCCUACGACAACUGCCAGAGCCGCUGUUGCCGGUGGAGUUCGAACGGCUGGCCGAGACGUGCCGAUGCAACCUUUACAUGGCGUCGACGCCUUCUUCUUCCGUCUUCUGUCGCUGUGGCGCGGCAACGGCGAUGCGAGAUGUCUUCGCCUCUCUGGAAGUCGAACGGAGCACCCUCACGACCUACGUUUUCCUCCACGCCCGACACGUCGUUCAAAAUGUAUGACAUUUGGCAUUUUCGAUUAACUCUCGGUUUCAGGAACGUGAGAACAAAAUGGGGAUUCCGGCGCUGGGACUUCUGCUCCAGACGAUCCUGGACAUGAGCCGAAAACUCGUUUGUUUCUGUCUCAACGCCAUCAAACCCUUUGAUGAUGGAAUAGUUGAUGGGGUACAUUCCAAACCAAUCUUUGAAAACCAAGUUCGUUUUUAGGCUUCAUACAUCCUCGAUGCCGAUGCACAAAUUUUCAAGUGA